AUGAAACGACGUUUGUGCGAUUAUAUAUACCCUAUUGGCAUUUUGGCACUGGGAUUUUUAUUUGGACAGAAACUGGGACACCUCACUGGACUUGAAUACAGAAGGCCGUUGAAGAAUUACACCAUUGAAGGUGAGCAUAAUGAGCAAUGA